UUCCUGUUCUCAGGCAGUUGCCAUCUUUGGUUUCUCCAUUGUCUUCAUCUUCUUCUUCCUUAAUUUUUUUCUUUCUUUUUUUCGCUUUUUGUCCGUCUUCGGUGACCUUUUUGCUUUUCAGCCGUUCAUCAAUUUCCAAGGCGACCUUUCAUUUCAUCUUUUUUUUUUUUCUUUUUUUUUUCUUAUUCCAUUUCGGACACUAUUCGUUUCGCACACUUUCACUCUUUUCCGUUACUUCUUCAUCUCUCUCUCUCGCUAUCUCUCUCGCGCGCGCUCGAUUCAAUGCCGUUCUCGUUCACAGGCUUUGUCCACAGCGAUGCUGAAGCACAGGCCGUCUUCCGUGCAGUGCGCUCGGGGCUCUGCCGCGUCGUCACACGUCUCACGCCCGCAGAGCAGGAGGCGAUUGCAGCAGGUGUCGGCUACGUCUAUUACCCAGCGCGCUCCAAGAUCAAACGGUGGACGGACGGCCACAAGUGGGGCGACGCCUUCCACCCUGGCGGCAACACUCGCAUCUAUCGCGAAGUGAUGGAAUCGGGCAAAUCCAAACGCAAGACGGUAUCAGCCGGCAACAACAGUGCCGACGACCAGCUCAUGGACGAAUCGUCGUCCCCACAAAGCCCCGGCAGUGCCGGCUCGCUUUCGCCUCGCUCCGAUUCGUCGUCCUCGCCAAAACCAGUCCAGAUGGCCAAGGCGGAUGGCCUUCUGAAGAAGACGAUUGGUGAUACCACCGCGGAUCUUGAGGACCAGCUCAAGCUUGUCGUUUACUACCGUGAAGCGGAUGUUGAUUCGUACAGCCCUCUGACUCUGUAUUCCGAGGAUCCCAAACGCACCGGUGUAUUUGUGCUCAACCCCGCCCGGACGAAUGAGCGCGACGAGUGGCUGAAUGUGCCCUUGAUGCAGCUCGCCAGCGUUGUGGAGGAAAUCACCUCGGCCUUGCCAGUAUUGUCGUCCAUGCGCUCGGAGCAGCAUCAUUCUCGAACAGUGUCUGGAUCCUCCUCCCGCCGCUCGUCGUUGAACAACAUCAUGUCGCCCGCCCCUGCUGUCGUUCACCCUGAAGUUGCCGCACAGGCGCCCGUGUAUGAGAGUCUCAGCACUGUUGCUGCCCCUUCGUUCACGACGUCUCACAUCCAGCAGCAAUCGACUUCUCCGGUCAUGCUGUCGCUCACAACUUCCGCUGCACUUGAGCAGCAAUUGCGACAACAGCAACAACAGCAACAGCAACAACAGCUGCAGAUGCAGCAACAUCAACACCAAUACCAGCAAUUCCAGCAACAGCACGUCCAACAACAUCAGCACGUCCAACAACAACAGCAGCAACAACAACAACAACAACAACAACAACAACAACAACAGCCCCAGCUGCUCUUCCACCAGUACCAGCCACAGCUCCAGCAACAGCCGCAGGUUCAGGUGCUCGUCUCACAGCAGCAACUGCAGAUGCCUCAGACACAGCUGGUUGUGACCUCGCAGCCCCUGUCGCAGGUGACCAUGAUGGAUACUGCAAACCAGGUUGUGUACCAACACGCAAACCAGCUGCAGCCCAUUCUGCUCCAGACGCAGCAGUCUGUCCCCGGCAUUCUGGUCUUCCAGACCCACCAACCAGCACAAGUCGAGUCAUCACAGUACAUGGCUGUGGCGCCCAUGAUUGCCCCGUCGGCCGUCACCACGCAAGCUUCAGGCUACCGACGCGCCUCGCUGCCAACCGUCUCCCCGCCGCCAUAUGGCCCACCCAGGGCGGUUGCUUCUGCGCCCGAGCACGCCACCACUGCCAGCUACUUGACCUUCCAGACGCAGCACAUGCACAGCGCCGGUUUCAUGUCGGACUUGUCCGGCUCGCUCACAGCUUCUUCGACACCGUUCGGAAUGCAAACACCCGUCUCUGUGGCCUCGCUCUCGAGCUCGCGACGCUCGUCAGAGCAUUCGCUGCCCGGCCUGCUCUCUGCUCAGAGCCUGCACGAGCGCAUGGACAUGGUCGGCCGAGACAUUGAAGAAGACAUGCGCAGCGCCGCGCCCGCCAACUCGCCCAUUGCAGAGCAAGCCGCCAUCCCUGAAUCGGCCAAUCCGCUGAGUCUCUUGCUUGCCGCUGCCGACAUGGAGCGCUCGACUCACCCCCAACAGGCCAAGCGCAGCAGCUGUGAUGCUUUCGGUGACUUUGAGCAAAACUGCAAGCUCGUCAAACUCGAGCAGCAGCAGUCUGUCACACCGCCGGAAACACCACCGCUCACCCCGCGCUCGGCGUCUGCUGCCCGAUUUUCGCGCUUUGGCUCUUCAAACCUCGUACAUUACUCUUAAGUGCCAAAUUUUUUGGCAACCAUCCUCAUUUUUGUGCCCGCUCCCUCUUCGCCCCGUAUCCUCCUCAUUGUUAACAUUCGUGGCUUCGAUUUUCACGGUUACUCUGGCGUCUGUGGGUUUCUUUGUGUACGAGUUUACGACAAAAAACCCAGCAACGCGCCCUCUCUCACUUCCCUUUGAAGGUCGUUGGUCGAGCCCUUUCUCUCGCCUACGCUCUCUUCAAGCUUGUCACAUCUAUUCAAGUUGACGAGUUGGCAGUCUGUCACUCUGUUCGUCUUGUUGCUGGUGUGGUGACGUUAUUUUUUUUUUCUUUGUGCUUGCUCUUGCUCUAUCUCGAUUCUCGAUUUGCUUCUCUCAUUACGACUACGCUUGAUAUUGUCAGUCGACCGUUAUGAUCUUUAUGUUUUUUUCUCUGCUCUGUUAUGGUAAUACAACAUCAAAACUGA